AUGUUCAAAGGUGGUGCUGGAGAUGGCUUAAGAACAGAAGUGCUAUUGAGUAGUAGCCUCUCUAGACAAGACUCACACCUGAGCCCCCAUUUUACCUUCUCCUCUGGCCCACACUUAAACCAAGGGCCAGGUAAGACCUGUGGCCCUUUGGCUCCUGAGGAGGAGCUGGUGUCUGCCUGCCACUUGGAAAAAGAAGAAGAGAAUGAAGGGGAGGAAGAGGAAGAGGAGGAGGAGGAGGAUCUGGACCCAGACCUGGAGGAGGAAGAGGAGGAAGAGAAUGAUCUUGGGGAUCCAACUGGACUUGGUGCUGUCCAUAACACCCAGAGAGCUCUGCUCAGCUCCCCUGGAGUCAAGGCCCCUGGUGUGCUGGGAAUGUCACUUGCCUCCUUGCAUUUUCUGUGGCAGACCUUGGACUACCUGUCGCCCAUCCCUUUCUGGCCUACAUUUCCCAGCACCAGCUCUCCAGCACGGCACUUUGGACCUCGGCUGCCCUCACCAGACCCAACUCUUUUCUGCAGCCUGCUGACCUCGUGGCCCCCUAGGUUCAGUCAUCUGACCCAGCUCCACCCUCAGCACCAACGGAUCUUGCAGCAGCAGCAGCAUAGUCAAACACCAAGUCCCCCAGCCAAGAAGCCUUGGUCUCAGCAGCCAGACCCCUAUGCUAACCUCAUGACCAGAAAAGAGAAGGACUGGGUGAUAAAAGUGCAGAUGGUGCAACUGCAGAGUAUAAACCCCCGCCUGGAUGAUUACUACUACCAGGAAUAUUACCAGAAGCUAGAGAAGAAGCAGGUAGACGAAGAGCUACUUGGACGAAGAAACCAGGUUGAGUCCCUCAAGCUGGUAACGCCUUACAUUCAGAAGGCAGAGGCUUAUGAGUCCGGUAGGGUCAGGGCUGGCCUGCUGACUUGGGCUGGGCAUCUGAGUGGACAAAGCGUGGGAAGAGGGAGGGAAAUGUGCCUCUUUUCUCAUGCAGUAGUCCGAAUUGAGGGUUCCCUGGGCCAGGUAGCUGUGUCGACGUGCUUCAGCCCUCGCCGAGCUAUUGAUGCUGUACCCCAUGGAACUCAAGAGCAGGAUAUAGAAGCUGCAAGCAGUCAGAGGCUUCGGGUGUUAUACCGGAUUGAGAAGAUGUUCCUUCAGUUACUAGAAAUAGAGGAGGGCUGGAAGUAUAGGCCUCCACAGCCCUGCUUUUCUGAGCAGCAAAGCGACCAGGUUGAGAAGCUCUUCCAGACCUUAAAGACCCAGGAGCAGAACAACCUGGAGGAGGCAGCAGAUGGCUUCCUGCAGGUGCUCUCUGUGAGGAAGGGGAAGGCCCUGGUGGCCCGGCUGCUCCCCUUCCUGGCCCAGGAUCAGGCUGUUACCAUUCUUUUGGCUAUCACCCACCAUCUGCCCCUCCUGGUCCGGAGGGAUGUGGCUGAUCAGGCCCUACAAAUGUUAUUCAAACCUCUGGGCAAAUGUAUCAGUCACUUGACCCUCCAUGAACUCCUCCAAGGACUUCAGGGAUUAAUGCUGUUGCCACCUGGCUCCUCAGAGCGGCCAGUCACCGUGGUGCUUCAGAAUCAGUUUGGAAUAUCUUUGCUCUAUGCCCUACUGAGUCAUGGGGAGCAGCUGGUAUCGCUGGAUUCUUCCCUAGAGGAACCCAACAGUGACCAUACAGCUUGGACAGACAUGGUGGUUCUGAUUGCCUGGGAAAUAGCCCAAAUGCCUACAGCCUCUCUGGCAGAACCCCUAGCUUUCCCCAGCAACCUACUUCCCCUGUUCUGUCACCACGUGGACAAACAAUUGGUUCAGCAGCUGGAGGCCAGGAUGGAAGGCUGGUACUGCCCCCCACAGGAAAGGAAUGGAACCGACCGGAGACAGCCGAGAGGUCUCCGCGGGAGUCACGAGGCCGAGCGUGAGCCGCUCCGUACACCGCGCAUGCCCACGACGCAAUCAGGUUCCGGCGAAAGUGCCCGGAAGUAA